CAGGGCGCUAGCUGGCGAUUAACCUAUCAUACAUUACUUCACAGCGCAAAUCUUCCUCCUAUCCCCAGUCUUUUCCAAACCCAUCCAUUCAAAGUUCUUCCAACAAACCUCCAGCCAAAAGAAAGAGGCAGACGAAGCAACAUGGAAUUCGACACCAGAACGUCUCCCUAUAGCACAAAUGACACCUCUUCGUUCGCAUACAUAUCGGCCAGGGACAGAUGGCCGGUUAUUUUGACCGGCGCAAUUGAUGACCUCUCCCGUACGCUCUUCGAAGUCACAGAGGAUGAAAAGAGAAAAGAGGGCAAAAUAAUCGUGGGAAAGCUUGCUGAGCUCAAGUACGAGCUACAACAUAAUCGCAAACUGACACCAUUGGAGGAUGAUGGUGAAUCGGAUAUCGCGAUAUAUAAUAAGGAGCUUGAGGAAAGAGGUGGUCUCGUUUGGUUCAAUGCUCCAUGGCUCUACACGGAGUGCUAUCUUUAUAGGAGGAUAAACCUUUCGUUCUCCCUAUCGACACACUGGAAAACCUACGACAUAUUCGCACGACAGAAGAUGUCCACAUUUAAAUCGUCCCGCACGGCUGUCCUGGAAUUGGCCGCAAAGUACAAGGAACUUAUCAAACAGAUCGAAAGCGGUGAAGGAGCUUGUGGCAAAGCACCGGAACAAAUCAACGAAGAGGAAAAGUUGCUUUUCAUGGAAAUGUGCGAAAUAUGUCUCUGGGGGAACGCCACCGACCUCUCCCUCUUGACCUCCCUCACGUACGAAGAUAUCCAGAAACUCCAAGGUGCCAAAGCACGCAAGGCUGCAGAAGAAAACAUCCUUAUUAACGACCUCCCUCUUGCCUUUGAAAUAUUGAACUCUGCCAAGAAUGCAAGGCCAUUAGAAGAGCGCCGCGUCGACAUAGUCCUUGAUAAUGCUGGCUUUGAGCUUUUCGUCGAUUUGAUUUUGGCCGGAUACCUGCUCUCUGCGGGACUCGCGACUACAAUCGUACUGCACCCCAAAUCCCUCCCCUGGUUCGUCUCAGACGUAAUACCUAGUGAUUUCAUGGACCUCAUCUCCGCUCUCGCAGAUCCACAAGCCUUCUACACAUCUCCUGACGAAGCCGGGGACCCCAAAGCCAACGGCAACAAACCACAAGCCCUUUCGGAGCGGGAGGUAAACGAGCUCCAGUUCUUAUUCCAGCAAUGGAGCGGAUUCCAUGAAGAGGGGAAACUAAUCAUCCGGCCAAACCGCUUCUGGACCACUGCGUCUAGCUACUGGCGGCUCCCCCACGACGUACCCGAGCUGCUGGAAGAUCUCAAGGAGAGCGAAUUAGUGAUUUUCAAGGGCGAUUUGAAUUACAGGAAGUUAGUUGGUGACGCGCAAUGGCCCCCCACAACUCCCUUCACAACCGCAAUCGGCCCAUUGGGCUCUUCGUCGGGUAUCCGUGUCUUAGCACUCCGCACCUGCAAGGCAGACACCGUUGUGGGUCUGCCAGAAGGCGAGGAUGAGCGCCUCCGUGCAUUGCCUGAUGGCGGUGGAGACAAGGAGCGAAAAUGGGCUUGGAGUGGGAAGUGGGCGGUUGUUUCGUUUGCGGAUGGGAAAGCUUGAGCCGUGGUUUGUAGGGUAGGUCACCUGGUAUAUAGAUAGAGUUCCGCUUCAAGACGUGGUGUUGGGGGGUAGGGAGAUGACUAGGGAGAGAGAACGACGCACGGGAGAUUACUCAUCUACUCAUUCAUUCAUGUGCUCAUGCAUGAUGGCGUCGCAUGGUAUCAUUGUUUUCCCUUAUCUGAUAUAGACGGGAUAUAAUAAUCAUGGAUGUAUAGACUACUUAAUAUUCUCAGUAUUGGUGAGGAAGUGAGCAGCGCAUAAAUAACGCUCCACCGUCGUGCACCUUAGCCCCAAGAUCGAUAAAAGAUCAGCGAUAUAUCCACAUUCGAAACGCGUGAAUGGGAUUACGGUUAGAUAUGCAUUGUUUACCUACAAGCAAUCUAAGAAUUACAGUUACCUGGCCCAAAAAAAGGGUAGAGCAAAAGUGACAAUGGUCGUUGGU